GCUAUAUAUUCUGACGGACUAAGGUAACCAGCUACAUUAGUAUCUUGUCGAUUGCGGGGUCUCUUUCGCCAUAUAAGGCACUCACGCUUCAUUUAGUCGGCAUCUACUUUGGGCGCAAUGGCGAACACCGAUUCACUUGUAACACCAACCACCAGAAGGUUGGAGGGCAAGGUAGCCCUGAUUACCGGAGGUUCUAGCGGCAUUGGCGAAUGCACCGCGAGGAUCUUCGUCCAGCACGGAGCAAAGGUUGUCAUUGCCGACAUUCAAGAUGACCUUGGCCACACUGUUGUCGAAGCACUUGGAAACUCAAACUCUUUGUAUGUUCAUUGUGACGUAACAAACGAAGAACAUAUUCAGCAUGCUAUUGACAAAACAAUUUCCACUUAUAAAAAACUCGAUAUCAUGUUCAACAACGCGGGGGUCCCCGGUCCUAACAAACCUCGUAUUCUCGACAACCUCAAGUCUGAUUUUGAAGAUGUUCUCGCUGUCAAUGUGACAGGCGUGUUCCUGGGAAUGAAGCACGCGGCUCGUGUGAUGGUCCCGGCUCGAAGUGGCUGCAUAAUAACCACUUCUAGCUUAUGCUCGAAUCUCGGUGGUGCGGCAUCGCAUGCCUACACGGCCUCAAAGCAUGCUGUUUUGGGACUCACCAGGAACUUGGCCGUUGAGCUCGGGCAAUUCGGAAUACGAGUCAAUUGUGUGUCCCCCUACGGGGUUGCCACACCGUUGGCGAAGAACGCUGUGGGGGUCGAGAGAAAUGAAGAUUUCGAAUAUAUCAUGAAUUCGGUAGCCAAUUUAAAGGGUGCGACUCUUCGGACAGACGAUGUGGCGAAUGCAGCUCUGUUUCUGGCGAGCGACGAGGCCAAGUACAUAAGCGGGCAGAAUCUUUUUAUUGAUGGGGCAUUUGGGAUUGUGAAUUCAGCUUUUAAGAUAUUUGAGUAUCCUGCCGAUCAGUCCUAGUUACAAAGUCCUGAAUCUGUCUACACCUGAAUUUAUGCUUUUACCAGUUGUAUACAGUGGCGGAGGGAGAUAGGUGCAUGUGGGGGCACGGGACCCCACUAGGUUUUAUAGUUUUUUAAUAUAUUUAUAUAUAAUAUAUAUACAUACAUAAAUAUAGCAGUUGAUUUUGGUAAAAGGGGCUUUCUUUUUUAGUCUUUAGAAUUGAGAGAACCUGACUCUCGGGAUAAAAACACAAAACAGAGAGGGUGUCAAAAGAGAAUGGGAGUCCGGGAGAUUUAGUGGGUGUUUGGCUUCUCGGUUUAUAAGUUAGAAACACUUAUUCGUACAGUUUGUGUAAAAAGUCAAGAAGCACUUAUAAAAAGCUAGGAAUGCUAGCUUUUGUUUCAGGAUUUCUACUUAUUUCCCAAACACUUUAAUCACUUAUAAGUCUUAUCUGGUUUCUAACUUCUACUCCACUUAUUUAUUUUAAGCAAUAAGUAAUUAUUUUAAACUCACCCAAACGGCCCCUUAGAGUGGAGUCCUGAGGAGAUUCAUAAUCACUGGCUUCAUCCGAUCUUCUUCUGGGCUUUAUAAACUAUUACAGUAUCUAUUAUAAUGUCUUAGAAAUUUUUUUUGCCCCCCCUAAAGUUUAUGGCUGGCUCCGCCACUGGUUGUAUAUCUAUCAGAUUGCCGCUCCUGCUAGCUGUGUAUAUUCGAUGAAUAAUAAAUUGUCCUUUUCAUAAUUAAUUUUUUAUGUACAAAGAUGAUUAAAUUAUCUUCGAUGGUAAACGUUCGGCAUACAUAGAUAUAGGUGGUGUUUAAUUGGCCGGACAUUAUAAGCCAAUUUCUAGGUUUAUAAAUUAUAACCACUUAUUUGUACUGUUUGUGUAAAAAGUCAAGAAGCACUCAAAAGAAGUUAG